GUGUCCGCCAUAUCAAUCGGGGGGGGGGGGGGGGUUACUGUUGACUUUUCUUUCUUCUUCGCUGCUUUAUAUUCCGUCGCUCUUAAUGUGGGAAGCUGGGCUCGGUGCGAAUUUCCAUUUGAGAUUUUAAAUUGUUUCAUUGUAUUUUAACUUUUCAUUUUAUUUUGGACCAUUUCCGUUGUCUAGUCUCUCUUUGUCUGUUUGUGUUCGACAGUCCUUCGUUUUCCACGUCGACGCACCCAUCAUCAAGCUCCUUCCUUUUCAACGAACAGACGUGUGUUUGUUUUAUUCGUUUUUGAAUCGGGCGCAUUUUGUUUUGUUCGUUUUUUUACGUCCGUCGCUCGCUUGUUCUGUCUCCCAAGUCUCCCGCCGUUGGUCUUGUCUCCCUAACUGCUUGCUUGCGUCACGUACCAACACGCCCCGGCUCCCCGCUCCUUGUGUUCCAGGAAGAGCGGCGCUGCAUAAAAUACCCAAAAUGUCGACGCCAUUGGUUGUCGCUGCCUCCGCCUCCGACGCCAUCCCAGCCUCGCUCCAGCCGCUGCCCAUCCUCCACCACCACAACAACACGAGCCUUGUGGGCGGACCCGCGUCGCCGUCGCCGUCGAGUGUCUCGUCGUACUCGUCCCUCCUGUCGGGUUCCUCGGGAACAUCGGCGGCAUCUUCUGCAACGUCGAUUGGAAUGAUGUCGGCUGAGUCAGUUUCCGCUGCUUCUUCUGCUGUGGUUGUGUACCCUUCCAAGAACCCGGCAUUCGACUACGAUCUCGCUGCAACGACGCGCCUUGCUGACGUGCCUGCUGGCAAUAGCACGCCUGGUCUGUACGCCCCGAGCGCGAGCGCGGCGGCAACUUCUUCCGGAGAACAACAGCAGGAGGACGCGGCCCCGACCCCCUUCUCCUCUGAGAUUGCUUCCCCGCAAUCUGCCGCUGCGCAGGAGUCCGAUCCGUCCAAGCGGGAUCGCCCACUCCGCUUUCACAACAUCAUCCUGCCUGGUCGUCCCGAUUUGAAGAUGUCCGCGGCCCCUCGCGGCAUGGUUGGCGUUCCUUCGUCGGUCUUGCUGCACGGCGGCACUCAAGUGUUGGCACAAGCUGCGCCGCAGCAAAUCCCGCAGCUCGAGCAAUUUCAACAGCCUCAGCAGCCUCAGCAGCCUCAACAACAGCAGCCUCAACAACCUCAACAACAACCUCAACAACAGCUGCAACUGCUGCAGCCGCAACUGCAACUGCAACAACAACAACUGCAACAACAGCCGCAAUACUUUGCAAUGCAGCCACAGCAGGCAUGGGCGCAUCAACCAACCCAAGGGGUGUUUCCGAACGGAAUGCCCUUCCCUCCUCCGAUGGUCCAAGUCAUGUCUCCUGCGCCACGAUUUGUCCCGGCCGGCCAACCGCCUCAUUUGGUGAUGCAUCCUGCGCAACCAGCGCAAGCGCAGCCCAACCAGUUUGCGUUCAUGCCUCAACAACAGCAGCAAAUGUCGCCACCGAGCCAGACGCAGCAACAGCCGCUGCAGCAGCCGCAGCAGCAGCCUCAGCCGCAGUUGUUACAAAUGCAACUCGUGCAGCAGCAACAACCAGAACAACCACAACAGCAACCGCAACAACAACAACAGCAGCAACAACAACAACAACAGCAACAACAACAACAACAACAACAACAACAACAACAACAACAACAACAACCGCAGUCUCAGCAGCCGCAGCCGCAGUCCAUCCAAUCCAUCCAGCAACAGAUUCUCCAGUUGCACCAGCAGCAACAGCAGAUUCAAAGCGUGCUCAUGCAGCUCCAGACGCCGUUUGGAAUGGGUUAUCCGUCGCAACACCAGCACCUGCAGCAAAUGGGCGCACAAAUGCAGGCACAGAUGCUCCAGCUGUUGAGCUCAACGCAACAGCAUGCUCAACAACAGCAGCAGCAGCCGAUGGCACCGAUGCAACUCAUGCAUGUUCCCCACCAGCCAACGCCGCCGCCGUUUGCUCCAAUGGUUCCCGUGCUGCAACAACCUCAGGCACAGCAACCGCAGCAACAACCGCAGCAACCGCAGCAAACGCAGCAACAACAGCAACAACAGCAACAACAACAACCACAACAGCAGCAGCAGCAGCAGCACUACCACCAGCUUCAACAGCAGCAACAGCAACUACAACAGCAACAAAUACAACUACAGCAACUGCAGCCACAACAACAACAGCAACAACAACAACCUCAGCACGCAGUUCACCCAGCUCUCCUUGCGAACGGAGCUGUGCCGCCUAUGCUAUCUUUGCAGCCGUCGUCGGCCUUCCCGUUAAUGCCCGACACCAUUGACCAGAGAGUGGCGGCGCAGCCAUCGCACGAGCAGCAGCCCCGCAAGCGCGGUCGCCCGUUUAGGCCCGAUACUGCCGAGUCUGAACCAGAAAACAUCACUGUGGUCUCGCAGUCAACCGACCCAGCCAACUGCAUCAUCUAUGACCCAAACCGAGAGUUUGAAAAGUACAUUUGCUCGUUUGCCGGGUGCGGCCGCUCCUACUCGAAAAUUUCUCACCUUGAAGUGCAUCUGCGCACCCACACUGGUGACCGACCAUUUGUGUGCACCGUCGCCGGUUGUGGAAACUGCUUUGCGCGGAGUGACGAGCUUACGAGGCACCUGCGCAAGCACACUGGCGUGCGACCUUUCAAGUGUGUGGAUUGUGGGCGGCGAUUUUCGCGAUCCGACCACCUCACCACCCACCGACGAACGCAUACCGGCGAGAAGCCGUUCGUCUGCCAGUUCCCCGGCUGUCCCAAGCGCUUUGCUCGCUCAGAUGAGCUCACCCGUCACCAGCGCGUCCAUGAACGGCGACCGUUCCCCCAGCGAAGUGGCUCAACCGCAAGCAAAGCUUCGAGCGGUGGCCUGCAUCGUUCCAAAAAGCAGCAAAAUAGCGAUGAUGAUGAUGACGACGACGACAACGACAACGGCGGCGCAGAGACAGACGAGGAAGCUGCUGAGGACGCUGAUGAGUGA